UUGAGCGCUCAGCCGGAAGUGAGUGAUCGCAGCCCGGCUGCUCUUUAUUCCUAGUUCUAAUGGGUCCUGCAAAAAGAAAGUAGGAAGAUGUUGGGUCGUAGUGCGUUAAGUGUCAGGCUCUUGGUCCGGGGGAGCAAUGGAUUCUCCAUGCCGCAGAGAGGUUUUGCUGCCACCACCCCAGUGAAGUCAUAUGAUGUAAGAAGAGUUGAAAUAACCCCGUUGGAGCAAAGGAAACUCACUUUUGACACCCACAGCUUAGUAAAAGACUUGGAGACUCAUGGCUUUGGGAAGGAGCAGGCCCAAACCAUUGUGUCCGCCUUAACGGCCUUGUCCAGCAACAGCCUGGAUACCGUCUACAAGGAUAUGGUGACCCAGGCCCAGCAGGAAAUAACUUUGCAGCAGAUCAUGUCUCAUUUGGACUCCAUCCGGAAGGACAUGGUCAUCCUCGAGAAGAGCGAGUUUGCCAACCUGAGAGCGGAGAAUGAGAAAAUGAAAAUUGAAUUGGAUCAAGUUAAACAGCAGCUAAUGAAUGAAACAAGUAGGAUCCGAGCUGAUAACAAGCUGGACAUCAACUUGGAGAGAAGUAGGGUGACAGACAUGUUCACAGAUCAAGAGAAAAAGCUCAUGGAAGCCACAACAGAAUUUCAUAAAAAGGAUUCCGGCACCAACAGCUCCGUGACGGAGAUCAGCAAUAAAAUCGACGCUGAAAUAGCUGCUCUGAAAACACUCAUGGAAUCAAAUAAACUGGACACAAUACGUUAUUUGGCAGCCUCAGUUUUCACUUGCCUCGCGAUUGCCCUGGGAUUUUAUCGGUUCUGGAAAUAAAAGUCGGUCGCAGAAGCCAAGACGGAACAAGCCCUCUUGCAGCUGACCUACAGCAUGUCUUGGAUGUGCCUUCUAGCGAGAUACAUUCUGAACCUUGAUGUCAGUAUUGAUUUUUCACGGAUAUACCACUGGUGGAUGUUGUCUGCAGUCACAAUAGAGCAAGCAAUGCAUCUUUGGUUUGUAUCACUUGGGGCUUGCAAGGGGUUCUUGUAUAUGGGAGGCCAACAGAUCCUUGGGCUAAGAAAAACGGAAAAGGAAAGAUAAGGUGUAGGAGGAAUAAAAUACUUGUUUGGCUGGAA